CCUCAAAUGUUGCAGCGAGAGGAGCAGAGCGGAGAAAGAGACUACUCGGGGAAAGUUUGCAAAAGCAACAGGACUAACCUGGACAGCACUGUAGACUGAUUUUAUAUCCCCGAGAAGUCCUUUCUCCUCUUUUGGUCAAUUCGUGACUAUUUUAUUUCGCUGUAUAGACAUAUUUGAGAUCGAAAGGACUGUAACAAUCAUGGAACUGCUUUGUCUCGAGAUGGACACCAUUAUAAGAGCCCGUCCUGACCCGAAUCUUCUAUAUGAUGACAGAGUACUGCAGAGCUUGUUGACCAUCGAAGAGAGAUUUCUUCCCCAGUGUUCAUAUUUUAAAUGCGUUCAGAAAGACAUUCAGCCCUUUAUGCGGAGGAUGGUGGCAACUUGGAUGUUGGAGGUCUGCGAGGAACAGAAAUGCGAGGAAGAAGUUUUUCCACUGGCUAUGAACUACUUGGACCGAUUUUUAGCGGUGGUACCAACAAGAAAAUGUAACUUGCAGUUGCUCGGCGCAGUGUGCAUGUUUCUUGCUUCUAAAUUGAAAGAGACGCGUCCAUUAACUGCAGAGAAGCUGUGCAUCUACACUGAUAACUCAAUCAGACCGCAGGAACUGCUGGACUGGGAACUGGUUGUCUUAGGAAAAUUGAAGUGGAACCUGGCUGCUGUCACUCCCAAUGACUUUAUUGAGCACAUAAUGAGGAAACUUCCUCUGCCUGAGGAUAAGCUGGACCUGAUCCGUAAACAUGUGCAGACUUUCAUUGCACUUUGUGCAACAGAUUUCAACUUUGCCAUGUACCCUCCAUCCAUGAUUGCAACGGGCAGCAUGGCAGCAGCUAUCUGUGGCCUUCAGCUCAACAGCACUAACCGCUCGCUGUGGGGAGAAAAUCUUACAGAGUUGCUUGCAAAGAUCACUAACACAGAAGUUGAUGUGCUAAAGGCAUGCCAGGAGCAGAUUGAAAGAGUGCUGAUGAAUAACUUGAGGGAGGGCCGCAGACAGCAGCAGAAACUGCAGCAGCAGGAACAGGGUGGAAUCCGCAGCAAAGCACUUGAUGAUCAGGACCAGUCCAGCACCCCCACCGAUGUACAAGACAUCAAUUUGUGAGCUUGCUGCUGCAACGCCGUGAUCAGUCUUCAAGAAAUUAAAAAAAAACAACAAAAAAACAAAAACAACAAAAAAUCAAACAACCCCAACAAAAAGUGCUUGCUAGUCUUUGUAGAGUUUUAUCUUCAUAUCUAUCAUUUUUCAGUCAAAUUGCUCCCAAAUGAUAAAAAAAAAUAAAAAAAAAAUCAAAGCUAUUUUAGAUACAAAACAAAAAUAGGUAUUUUUUUAAAUGAUUUGAUAAUGAUGCAAAAAGCUCUACGGUGCCUCAGACUCUUAGAAGGGAAGCAUGUAGUAUUUUGCAAACUCUUUUGAUUGUAUAAACAUAAUAAUAUGAUAUUUAAUGCAAAAUUGAUGUGUAAAGGGCUUUUCUAAAAAGAGAGUCUACUGUAUAAGACUGGCAUGAAAGGGUACAAAAGUGGGGCAAUGUUUUUACCUGUUUUGUUGUUAUUUUUUUUUAUUAUUAUUUUUUUUUGGUUCAUGUUGGAAUGCCUGAACUUAAACACAAAGAGGCGCCAUGAGGCAGUUAAAUGGAUGCACCCAUUCGCUUGGCUGUGUACUAAGUGUGCAUUAGGAUCAGAAAGAUUUAUUAUAGAGGAGCGAUGAAACAGAAGUCUUGGGCUAAGAAUGCAGGGCUCUUUUGCAAGGACAACAGAGGCUUAUGUAAUGAAAUUUGACAAUUAUUAUUAUUUUAUUACAAUAAUUAUUAAUAUUAUUAUUAAACAAGCAAGUUAUUGUUUCUCAAUGCUAAAGUUACAGACACUUCAAAUAAGCUUUUGUCAAGCUGCUUGUGUGCAUGCAUUUAUGUGUGGUGUAUGUUGGCUCAUGUACAAGCGUGUACACGUUACUCUAUAUCAGGCACUCUUGUGGGCUUUGUUUAAUCAUCUAUCUGCAAGUGUUGGCAAUAGAGGCUGGCUCAUUGGUGGAGAUCCAGUCAAAGGACUGGACAGGGGAUAGCAAAUGAUUCCACAGUGCUAUUGCCUGCUCUGAAGGCCACAUGUAUCAGUGCCUUAUAUUAAAUGCUUUUAAUUACUGGCCUGGAAACUGCUUGAGGGCUGAGCCCAACCCAGUGCACA